UUGAAUAGGAGCUGCCAGAUCAGUCUCCUUCCCGGGACAUCCCCGGGGGCGGCAGCUCCACCUGCUGCAGGAAAGGUAGGACCUGAUGGCUCCAGGCCCUCAGAGGCUCAGAGGCGCAGGGCUGAGCCAUGGGAACGAAGCGCGAGGAUCUGAAGGUGCUGGAGAACCUGACACCGGAGGAGCUCAAAAAGUUCAAGAUGAAGCUGGGGAGGGUGCCGCUGCGCGAGGGCUUUGCGCGCAUCCCGCGGGGCGUGCUCGGGCAGCUAGAUAUCGUGGACCUCACCGACAAGCUGGUCGCCUCCUACUACGAGGACUACGCAGCCGAGCUCGUCGUGGCCGUGCUGCGCGACAUGCGCAUGCUGGAGGAGGCCGCACGGCUGCAGCGGGCCGCGUGAGGGCCACUCUGAGCUGGAGGCGGGUCAAGGGAAAAGGAGUAAUGCAACGCCUGUGAAGCCAGCCCCACGCGCGCACCAGUCGCGUAAGACAACAACAGUGUCUCCACCUCGGGGACCAAGGACGCCUCCGUGCCUCCAGACCCCGCCUCCUCCAGCCCCUGCACCUGUCAUUUAUUCUUCCACUGCCCAAUAAAUAUUCAUGGCAGACUUUACUGGGGCUGCGCGCACACGUGCCC